AUGAGGCGCCAGCACUUGCCCUCCUGCGUCUUCUCAGCCUCAACGUCAACGGCUGGGACAAGACAAGCGGCGCUGCAUCUGGAGAGGGACAGUAGGAUAUUAUCCUCCUCCCGGAGACCCACCGCAACUCUGCAGAGGAAGGGGCAGCGGGUGGUCCCCAACGGGCUCCGCUGCAACUGGAGCGGGCCCGCUUUCUGGACCGCUACACCUCCCAGUCUCGCAGCCGCCCAGCCGUACACAGUUCAACGCAUUUACGCGCCCGCAGCGGCAGCGGAGCAGCCGCACUACAACACGCAGGAGCUGCUUACCAGCUUGCCAGUACACAGGCACCGGGUGGGUGGGGACUUCAACUGCAUCUCUGGCCAGUAG